AUGGCCAAAAACGAUCUUGUUGCCUGGCAGUGGCUGCCACUGAUGGCCAUAGAAGUUCACUGCCACCAAAUGGAUUGGGCCUCUGCACCUCUUUCAGUCACUGAGGUCCAGGACAACGACAAGGAAGGAUUGCAAGUCAGCCUGCUUCAUUUGAACGAGAAGUCAUUUCUAUCAAGUCUUCACUCCUUCAUGAAGGAAAGGGGCACUCCCAUUGAAAGGAUCCCACAUUUGGGCUUCAAGCAGAUUGACCUUUGGAUGAUCUUCAAGGCAGUUGAAAAAUUGGGUGGAUACAAUUCAGUGACAACACGCCGCCUGUGGAAGAAAGUGUACGAUGAACUGGGAGGGAGUCCCGGAAGCACCAGUGCUGCAACUUGUACUCGCAGACACUACGAGAGGCUUGUGUUGCCCUACGAAAGACAUCUAAAAGGAGAAAAUGAUAAGCCUCUUCCUCUCAGCAAACCAAGGAAGCCUUAUAAGCGCACUUCAGAGGGGAAGAUGAACAAGGCGGAGUGGAAAGGGAAAAGGAGCAAGUCGGAGAAAGAUUCGGAGAGGCUGCUUUCAGGGGCUGAUAUUCAGAUUGAAGCAGCGAUGCUUCCUGGUUCCGCUCUCUGGUCUAGUACCACUGACAGGCAGCAGCCACAGGGGCCAACGGCUCCUGACCUAUAUGCAUAUUCUCACAUGCUGCAUAGCCCGGCAGUAACGCCUUGGCCAGUGAAAAUCUCCUCAGCUGUCGGAGAGGUCAUCUCUCCUCUGGAGAAAAAGAAGCGCGUCGCACAGGCGAGCCUCCGCGGUAGCUCUCAAGUUAAGGAGAGAGACAGGCCUUCUGUUAUUCGCCGCUCCGUCUCUCCGGCUUCCGGCAGCCACAAAUGCGACUCUUCUGAAAGCUCGCCUCGCCCUCUCUCUUCCUGCUCCAUCUCCUCCAGGAGCGCAUCCCCGGCCUCCAUCUCAUCAGAGGACGACAAUAACUCAGAACUGAACUCAGACUUAACGACCAACUGUUUCAACCAAAAUGGUAACACACCAAUGAGGGAAAUUUCAAAAGAACAAGCCGUGGAGUACAAAAACAGAGAUCAAGUCAACCUCUUAGAUGCUAAUAGGAAGCCCAAAGUUGCAUGCAAAGACCUCACACAUCCUGUUCAUUCUUCUACCAAAUUUAAAUCUGACUGUGUCCCAACAUCUUCCUCUGGUUUCGUCAAAGUUCCUACAAAAUCUGCACAGCUUUUGCGGCCCGCUCCAAUCCGGCCAGGUCACAGGAUCCAAUAUUUGACGCAUAACAGCAAAUCUUUCAAAGAUCCCCCUUCGCACCCAUCACCUUGGGAAACAUUAAGGUCCCUGCCAGCAAAGUUUCCUCCCACCCAGCAGAGGCCAAGCCACGAGCAAUCGUAUAACCUUUCAGGUAGAGACUCUCAUCUACGGAGCAUGUCGCAGCAACAGGUGCUCCUCCCCAGAAUGAGAAUACCACAAUCUCAGCUAACGUAUCACCAUUUUCCUUUCAGUACAGUUCACUCUGCGCUUGUCUACCCAAACCCUUACUCCGUCCCUAUGUGGGGUCCUGCAUACACAAUCCCCACUGUAAGCACGUUUUAUACUCCAGACAAACUGUGA